GCCGGCCGCAGGGCCAGAGUGCCGCCCUGAGGCCUGCUCGGGACACGACACUCUCCCGGCCGGGCCGCCGCGCCCCCCCCCAGGCCGGCGCGUCCUUUCCGGGCCCAGGCUCUGCUUCCCACCCUCGGGGCUUAGGGAAGCCCCCGGGCAUUCGUGGGCCGAAGCGCAUCCGCUAAACCGCCCCCCGCUUUGUCGGGUAAUCUUUGAAGGUGACGGCUAGAGGGAGAAGGGUGAGCACGAGGGCGAAGGGAACGCAGCCCUCCCAGUUCAGAAAAGCGCCACAGCAACAUCCUCAGAGUCUGAGUGAACUGCGCCCAGCGCAGGCACAGAGCCUCCCACCGCCAGCAACCUGCGGCCGGGGGAAGAGCGAGCGCCGUGACAGCGCCCCACCGCCACCAGUCCCCGGACCACCAUGGCCAAGAACCGCAGGGACAGAAACAGUUGGGGCGGCUUUUCAGAAAAGGGGUGUGAAUGGAGCUCUGAAGAGGAAGAGCCAGUGAAAAAGGCAGGACCAGUCCAAGUCCUCAUUGUCAGAGAUGACCAUUCCUUUGAAUUAGAUGAAACUGCACUAAAUCGGAUCCUUCUCUCAGAGGCUAUCAGGGACAAGGAGGUCGUUGCUGUAUCUGUUGCUGGAGCAUUUAGAAAAGGAAAAUCAUUCCUGAUGGACUUCAUGUUGAGAUACAUGUAUAAGCAGGAAUCAGUUGAUUGGGUUGGAGAUUACAAUGAACCAUUGACUGGCUUCUCGUGGAGAGGUGGAUCUGAACGAGAGACCACGGGAAUCCAGAUAUGGAGUGAAGUCUUCCUUAUCAAUAAACCUGACGGUAAAAAGGUUGCAGUGCUAUUGAUGGAUACUCAGGGAACCUUUGAUAGUCAGUCAACUUUGAGAGAUUCGGCCACAGUAUUUGCCCUUAGCACAAUGAUCAGCUCAAUACAGGUAUAUAACUUAUCUCAAAAUGUGCAGGAGGAUGAUCUUCAGCACCUUCAGCUUUUCACUGAGUAUGGCAGGCUGGCAAUGGAGGAAACAUUCCUGAAGCCAUUUCAGAGUCUGAUAUUUCUUGUUCGAGACUGGAGUUUCCCAUACGAAUUUUCAUAUGGAGCUGACGGUGGCUCCAAAUUCUUGGAAAAACGCCUCAAGGUCUCGGGGAACCAGCAUGAAGAACUACAGAAUGUUCGAAAACACAUCCAUUCCUGUUUCACCAAAAUUUCCUGUUUUCUGCUACCUCAUCCUGGCUUAAAAGUAGCUACCAAUCCAAACUUUGAUGGAAAACUGAAAGAAAUAGAUGAAGAAUUCAUCAAAAACUUGAAAAUACUAAUUCCUUGGCUACUUAGUCCUGAGAGCCUAGACGUUAAAGAGAUCAAUGGGAACAAAAUCACCUGCCGAGGUCUGGUGGAGUACUUCAAGGCUUAUAUAAAGAUCUAUCAAGGUGAAGAAUUACCACAUCCCAAAUCCAUGUUACAGGCCACAGCAGAAGCUAACAAUUUAGCAGCCGUGGCAACUGCCAAGGAUACAUACAAUAAAAAAAUGGAAGAGAUCUGUGGUGGUGACAAACCAUUUCUGGCCCCUAAUGACCUGCAGACGAGACAUCUGGAACUUAAGGAAGAAUCUGUGAAGCUAUUCCGAGGGGUGAAGAAGAUGGGUGGGGAGGAAUUUAGCCGGCGUUACCUGCAACAGUUGGAGAGUGAAAUAGAUGACCUUUACAUCCAGUACAUCAAGCACAAUGAUAGCAAAAAUAUCUUCCAUGCAGCUCGUACCCCAGCCACACUGUUUGUUGUCAUCUUUAUCACAUAUGUGAUUGCUGGUGUGACUGGAUUCAUUGGUUUGGACAUCAUAGCUAGCCUAUGCAAUAUGAUAAUGGGACUGACCCUUAUCACUCUGUGCACCUGGGCAUACAUCCGGUACUCUGGAGAAUACCGAGAGCUGGGUGCUGUAAUAGACCAAGUGGCUGCAGCCUUGUGGGACCAGGGAAGUACAAAUGAGGCUUUAUACAAGCUUUAUAGUGCAGCAGCAACCCACAGACAUCUGUAUCAUCAAGCUUUUCCUGCACCAAAGUCAGAAUCUACUGAACAAUCAGAAAAGAAGAAAAUUUAAUCCAAAAUUUCAAAAAUACAGGUGUGCAUGACCAAGCUGUCAGUUAAAUAUUGUUUUACAUCUCCAUGCAAACAUUCAAAGUGCUUCCAUCAGAACAGGGUAAAAUACCAAGCACCUCUGAAGAUUGCAAAAUGGUUUAGUUCCUUUAUUUCAGUGUUUAAUAAGCAGAUGUAUGUAUGCAUGGUUUUAUUUUGUUAACAUGUACAGUUUCCUGAUUUUGUCUUCAAAUAUGCUGUUAUAAUUUAAAGAAUUUGUCUAUUUAUGAUAACAGUACACG